GGUCGGCGGAUGCUGAUGGCUUCAAUGAAGUCAAGGCAGAGAGACACAACACAGCAGAAUACAGCAGCAUGUUCUGUGUCCACAGCAAGGGCACUGCAUUGUACUGGCAAGGUCUUAGAGAAUUCUGAUUUCCCAUAUGCAGAAUGUUACCUCAGAAAAAGAGACAUUGACAUUGGAGUUACAAAUUAAUCUACACCUCGUAUCAAAGGAACAUCCGAAAUCAUGGUAUUCGUGAUGUAAUAAAAAUAAACUUCAUUCAAGAGCAACGUUUGAUCUAAGGGCACCUGAUUUGUUUCCACAGCAUUGAGUGAAAAAAAACCAAAGCAAGAAAAACUCUAACACAUACAAGAUGAGUUCUGAAAAUGAAGUUAGCCUAUCCAACAACGUUGUGAAUGGGAUAACCCCAACAUGCAACAUGCAAGAUAAAGCAAACCAAUCUACUUUAAGUGUACGCUCGGUUUCUGCUGUACAAAUUAUUCCCGUGAAGACGGUGAACAACUUUCCUGAUCUUGUGCCAGUUCCAGAUGCUGAUCCUGCUAAAAUUUGCACUGGGAAAGGAGCGGUCACCCUCAGGUCGUCUCAGGCACAGGGGGAAGUUGUAAAACGCCGAUCAACGCUGGAUAUUGAGCUGUCACCAAGUGAACCUCCGUCUGAAGAUGAACGCCCUCCUUCAGUAGCCGAGUCUAAUGGGGACUCUCAGCACUCAUCCCUAGCGGCCAAAGGAUUUCGCAGUGUGAGACCUCACCUUCCUUCUGAUGGCAGGUCACAGAAGGAUCUUCCUCCCCCCAUUCCUCCUCCUCCUAAAGAGGAGAGCUUUGCAUGGCGGCCACAUACUAACGCUAAACUAUCCUAUCUUAAACCAGUACCAAUACUCGAUUGCAUUUACUUGAGUGCUCCUAAACCGUAUGUACCUCCAACAGCACCUAGUGCUAACUAUCACUCUUCACUUUCUAUCCCUUCUGGAAACCAAGAUGAAUCACGUGAUCACACAAACAUCCCAGCUUCUUCUGUCCACGUUGUACCAGAGCAUGUCAGUAGUAGCUUCUUGUUAUCAAACACGUCACCACAACACCCCCUGAGUGAGUCUAGCGGUUUGGAUAAAAGUGUUGCUGGAAUGAGUUCCAGUCAUGAGACUAAGGCUGACAAAAAGGUCAGCAGCCUAUAUGUAGCUUGUUUAUCUAACAGCACUGGCUCAGCUGCGUAUGAAAAUCCCACCAGCAUUCCACAUGAUAGAAAAGAGGGCGCUGAAUUGGAAGCUGAUGUAACUAAAUCACCAGCCACAAACAUUGUUCCUUCGAUAAUAGACACCGGAAAAUCCCCACCUCCUGUCCCUCCCAGGCCAUUCUUUGACACUGUCCCAAGUAAAGAUUCCAUUAGCUAUGGUGAAAUAGAUACUCUCCGGAGUCAAUGUCCUCUUCAUCAAGAUAUGGGAAAACGCGUAGAGCCAGAUACACAGCAUCCAGCUUGUGGUGUGAACAUGACUGCAAAGGAGCCGUAUUUUACAACAAAGCAAAAUCAUCCUUUAAAGCCUCAGGGAUACCGACGCAUGGAUGGCACUUCAGUCACAGCUCAGCCUGAGGUUAUAGUAGUACCACUCAUCCAGGUUAAAGCUGAACGAGAGCAAGAAGGCACUUCAAGCACUCCACCGCCACCUCUUGUACCUGCUGGCAAACUCUCGGCAUCCCCAGAACUUGUCACCUCUCCCUUGGCUUUGCCUACAAUUGAUGAUUUUAUCCCCCCUCAUCUGCAAAAGGGAUCAAACCAUAUCCCAAGCCCUCCUAAUUUUUGUGUUUCAAACAGUCAGCCACCAUGUUCUCCACCACCUUCACUGGCUCCUCCAGUAAGGGAGGGUUCAAACCGAGUCUUGGAUCAUGAACUCAGUGGAGUCUACUCACACACAGAUCCUGUGGCUGAUGAAGUUUAUUUGUCCGGUUUAAGCAACGAUAAACUAUCCUCACUUACACCAAUAAGCAAGCCUUCUGUGUACCCCUCCACCACCAAUGUAAAUCCUACUAUUGUACUUUUGCAGCACAACAGAGAACAGCAAAAACGACUUAGUAGUUUGCCAGAUCCUACUGUAGAUAGACCUGUAGCUGAGAAAACAUCUCCACUAAUUUAUCCAGAGAGGAAAUGUCAGGAUAAUACACAGACAGAGAGAAUCACAAUGGAGUAUCCCAGACGAGAUAUCCGAAGUCCUCCUGGGGAUGUGACAGAUGAAAUAGGAAUACCGCUACGGAACACAGAGAGGUCAAAGGACUGGUACAAGACUAUGUUCAAACAAAUCCACCGGCUGAACAGAGACUCUCCUGAGGAAAAUCCUUAUUGCCCUACGUACGUUUUUCCUGAGGUCGCUGAGGCCAAGCCUAAAAUAGAAGAUGAAGACUCAGAUUCGUACCCACUUUAUGGGCGCCAUUCCUACGUUGAAGAUGGAAAAUCCCAGGUUUCUGUACCUCGUUCCAGGAGCGAGAUGGAUAACAUUGAUGUUGAGAGUAGCGUCCGCAGAUCAGUCACAUUGCCUCUUCCAACCAGAUCUUCCUCUCUCAAACCUAGUCAUGAAAGGAAUGACUGGGAUCCCCCAGACAAGAAGGUCGACACCAGAAAAUACCGAGCAGAGCCAAGAAGCAUUCACGAGUAUCGGCCAGGGAAAUCCUCGGCACUUGCCAACGAGAAGAUGACUCGGGAUAAAAGUCCAGAAGAGAUAGAUUUAAAGAAUGAACCUUGGUAUAAGUUCUUUUCGGAACUGGAAUUUGGGAAACCGCCUCCAAAAAAGAUUUGGGAUUAUACUCCGGGGGAUUGCUCUAUCCUUAAAAUAGAGGAUAGGAAGACUGAGCUAGAGAAAGACCUGUAUCAGUACGAGACUGAGUUAGAUGCAGAUUUAGAGAGAAUGGACAAGUGUUAUAAAGCUACUGGUAAAAGGACCUCAACUGUUAAUCGUUCAGACGACCUUCCACCCUACUCCUAUGCACCGAGCUACCACUUCAACCGAGGUUCAGAGGAGUCCUCUCCCGGGGAUCCUACGCUUACAGAAAAUGAGAGGCAGAUCUACAAGAAUGUGCUAGAAGGAGGAGAUAUCCCGUUCCAGGGCCUGAGCAGCCUCAACAGACGUCCCUCCAGCUCUGCUUCCAAUAAAGAUUCAGAAUCUCCAAGACAUUUUGCACCUCCUGAAUAUAUGGAUACACAGGAUGAAUUGGUUCACAGGCGCUAUGGCAGUAAAGAGAAACUUUUAGAGGAUCAGCGAAGACUUAAGCGCGAGCAAGAAGAAGCUGAUAUUGCAGCUAGAAGGCACACUGGGAUUGUCCCAACACAUCACCAGUUUAUCACUAAUGAACGAUUUGGAGACCUCCUUAAUGUAGACGAUUCAUCAAAGAGGAGAUCUAGGUCUGAGAUGAGACAGGCAAGAGCCAAAUUUGAUUUUAAGGCACAGUCUCUGAAGGAGCUACCACUGCAGAAAGGUGACAUUGUUUACAUAUCCAAGCAGAUAGACCCGAACUGGUAUGAAGGAGAGCACCACGGGAGAGUUGGAAUCUUUCCAAUAUCGUAUAUUGAGUUACUCCCACAAACAGAGAAAAUAGAGCCCCCGAAAGUCUCGCCUGUGCAGGUUCUAGAGUAUGGAGAAGCCAUCGCCAAGUUCAACUUCAAUGGAGACACUGCCGUUGAAAUGUCAUUUAAAAAGGGUGAACAAAUAACAUUAAUCCGGAGAGUUGAUGAAAACUGGUAUGAAGGGAAAAUAUCUGGCACCGGCCGCCAAGGUAUAUUCCCUGUUACCUACAUUGAUGUCAUCAAGAGACCGCGUGUAAAAAAUUCAGCUGAUUAUAUGGACGUACCGAUUUCUUAUUCGCCAAACAGAAGCACAAGCGCCUCCCCACAGCUUCCCUGUUCUAGCAGGCCUCGUACUGCAACUCCACCCCUUGUCACCCGCCGAGCUUUCUCUCCUGAAGUGCAGGCGAUCACGUCCGAAUGGAUUUCCCUUACUAUGGGUGUUUCCCACAAUAGCACUCCCACCACAACCCCUCCUAUCCCUCCUUUUCCAGAAGCCAUGCUUUGUACCAUUGACUACAUCACUCCCUCUGCAGCAGCCAGCCCAACAUUCUCCAUAACACCAUCUGUCAGUCUCCAUUACUGCAAUUUUUCUGGGCGCUCCACCCCUAAUUCUGCCACUUCCCCAUUACCACCAUAUCCAUCUAGGCCACAAUCAUCUACUCGACUAAGUUAUGUUAUUUCCCCACAUGGUGAUGAAACCAUUGUUGGCUGUGCGUCCGGCUAUGGAGGUUCUCCCGUGACGCUCACCACACAACGUGACAGCUUAAUCUCAGAGCUCAGUAAUGUUUUACAUAACCAGUUUAGGUCUAAGGGCAACACUAAUGGCGAGCGUGAUGACUGGAGAGUAAUCGGUCAUAAGACAAUGAAUGCCCAAAUCCCAGCAAAAAGUUCAAAGGACACAGGAACUAAAGUCACUGCCACUUCAUGUGGGGAAGGCCAUUUAUCCAAUGAAUCUCUUAACAUAGCAAAUAAAAAUGAGGAACAUCUGAACAGAUCACAGUGCAGUGCCAAUAAGCCUUGCAGAUCUGAUGGUGAACAAACAAGAACAACUUCUAAAAGCCCUGUAAUGAUUACAGGCUCCCCAGUAAAUACCUUGAACUCAAAUUCUGUUGUGCAUCCUCCGCAUACACUGAACACAGGACCAGACCUCACAGAGUCUGAAAAGAGCUAUGUGCAACCGCAAGCACAACAGAGAAGAGACAGCAUAGAGAGAAGUCAGACUCCUCAGGAUGCGUUUUGCUAUCAGGCCUUGUACAGCUACUUGCCACAAAAUGAGGAUGAAUUGGAGCUCAGAGAAGGGGACAUUGUUGAUGUUAUGGAGAAGUGUGAUGAUGGUUGGUUUGUAGGUACUUCAAGAAGAACAAAGCUCUUUGGUACAUUUCCAGGCAAUUAUGUAAAACUGGUAUACUACUAAGGAAGCUACAGAACACAUCAUGGGAAUUGUGACGCUACAUGCCUAGAGAACCUUGCUUGUUGGUGUAAUGCUAACUGAAGUCUAUUGCUGAAUGUAUUAAAUAAUGUUAUAGAUAAAGAUAUUUACACGUGUCACUGCUGAGUGCUACCUUCAACAUUUCUUACAGCUGAGACAGUAUUUCUUACUAUUUUAUUUUCAGUUAACGUGUCCCUUAUUGGAUGGUUUCCUUUUAGUUGUAAAUCUUCCAUCGAAUGGUUUUAUAUCUUUAAAAGCAUUUUUGUUCACAGUUUUGCAUUAGAAUAGAGCAGGGUAGAGUGCCUGUUACACCUCCAUCCCCACGAAAAAUGUAUGGAAAUUUUUUUUCUUUGCAUAUCUGAAAGUAAACAUGGAAAAAAAAACAUUAAUUUACAAUAGAAGUUGUUUAAAAUACACAAUUUCUCUAAAUGGCUUUUAUUUUAAGAAGAACAAAUAACUUUUACAAGAGUUUGUUCUGAGUUAUCAGUGGUUUAUAUAAAUGGAUAAAAAUUAGGGGAUUCAAAUAAAACAGAAAUGUAAGAUGUUAUUGAUUUUAAAAGUCUACUGGGACGUAGCCAAUACCAUAAAAAUAA